CUAGCCGCCGACUUUCUCCCUCCCCACAAAGCGGAAUCCGCUCUCUGCCGUCGUCUUCCAGGGCCAGUUGCUUCAGCUCCUCACUGUUCCGCAGCACUCAAUUCGUUUGGUUGGUACUUUUAACUCUUUCUCCAUUUCUCUCGAACUUGAUUCCUAUUCCGGAAUGAAUACCUGAAAUUAAUGAGGGAACAACAAAUGUUGGUUAUGAUUCUUUCCUGCAAGUAAUUUAGCUUCUCUACUCGGCGUGGUUCCAUUGAACUCGUACUACAGUCCCUUAUUGCUCAAAAUCUGUAUCAGCUUCGAGGUUCUGUUCUCUCUGGUUGGGUUUUCAUAGAUUCUGAUUAUGACCUAACUUCCUGGCAAGAUUGAUUCAGCGGCCGGUUUCCUACUGCUUUCAUGUUGCUCCUUAGGAAGUUUCCGAGACAGUCCCAAAUCCUUAUCCGUCAGUUGAAUUACUGUGGCCUAUCUGCAUUUGGUAAUGGACCUUCGCGGUUUACUAGUGUUGCAUUUCAUCAACAAGAGCGAGAUGAUGGGUCAGCCAACCCUUCUGAUCUUAACUACCUGAUAGCCAAAUUCUCUGUUGGGUGUGACCACGAUGAAAUUCUUCAAUCAAUUAUGGGGGAUGAUGGAUGUAAGACCAUUCAGGUAUCUCAUGACCUUGUUGCCAAGUUGCUUUCUCGGUUUAAGGACGAUUGGAAGUCUGCACUCGCUGUUUUCAAAUGGGCUGAGUCAAGUUCGGAUUAUGAGCAUACCCAUGAGUCAUACGAUUUAAUGGUGGACAUAUUGGGGAAAAUGAGACAGAUGGAGGAAAUGAACGCCAUCUUAGCCAAAAUGCGAGAGAGUAAUCUCGUCACACUCAAUACAAUAGGGAAAGCUAUGAGAAGGUUUGUCGGUGCAGCCCAGUGGGAAGAUUCAGUUCGGUUAUUUGAUAAACUCGAAACCUUCAACCUCAAGAAGAACACCGAGUCAAUGAACUUGUUGCUCGACACUCUAUCCAAAGAGCGAAGAGUAGAGAAGGCUCGCGAGAUUUUCUUGCAGCUCAAGUCGUACAUUUCCCCAGAUGCUAAUACUUUCAACAUCUUCAUCCAUGGCUGGUGCAAGAUCAAUCGUGUUGAUGAGGCUUACUGGACUCUCCAAGAGAUGAAGGGGUGUGGGUUUAAACCUUGUGUGAUAAGUUACUCCACCAUUGUGCAAUUCUACUCCCAGAAAGGGAAAUUUGUCGAGGUUUAUGGUGUGCUUGAUGAGAUGGAAGCUGAAGGAUGUCCACCUAAUGUAGUUACUUACACUACUAUCUUGGUUCAGUUAACUAAGUCGGAGAAGUUUGAUGAGGCUGUAGGGAUAUCAGAGAGGAUGAAGGCAGCUGGUUGUAAACCCGAUACGCUGUUUUAUAAUGCAUUUAUCCAUACGCUUGGAAAAGCUGGAAGAGUAGAGGAAGCUGUUCAUGUUUUUGAGGUAGAGAUGGCCAGUAUCAAUGUGCAGCCAAAUACUUCCACUUAUAACUCGAUGAUAGCGAUGUUUUGUCAACAUGGUCAGCAAUCAAGGGCUUUGCGUCUCCUAAGGGAGUUGGAAGGUUCAGUGCUUUGUAAGCCUGAUGUUCAUACUUACUAUCCAUUGCUGAAAUCUUGCUUGAGAAGUGGGAUGGUGGAUAGCUUGUUGAGUCAAUUGUUGGAUGAUAUGGUGAGGAAGCAUCAUCUUGGACUUGAUCUCUCGGCCUACAAGCUCUUGAUUCACGGGCUUUGUAGAGUGAACAGAUGCGAGUGGGCUUACCAACUGUUUGAAGAGAUGAUAAGUAAAGAUAUAAAGCCUAGGUAUCAGACCUGCAAUGUCUUGCUGGAGGAAGUCAGGCUCAACGGUAUGCUUCGUGCUGCUGAAAAGAUUGAAACUUUCAUGAAGAGCGUAUGAGUACAAGAAGCAAGCUUUGAAAUUUUGCUCCUGUGAAAACUUGAGCCAUACCUGAAUUUGACUACGUAAAUUGAAACGAGUUCCAUGGCUUGGAAUUCCUUCUAAAUGUUUGGUAGAUGCUGAUCCAGAGGGUCUUGCUUAUGUUUUGCUCGAUGGAUGCACAAAGAAAGACUCGACUGCGCACCGAAUGGACUUCAAAAAGCAUGGGACUUGUUAUCUGAGCAACUGUGAGGAUUUCAAGACUACAUUUAUCUUACACUUGUGAUUCUCAAUAGUAGCAAUCUAGGAUGCGAUGAUAUUGAACACAAUUUCUAGAAACGUUUAUAGUUAUCAUAGGGUAUGAAUAUGAUUGAAUCUUGGAGACUAUCCGAUACUUGAUAGUCUCUUCUGGUUCAAUGUUGUCCAGUUCCCGGAGUUCCUCAACUAUAACAGAAUGAAGUACGUUUCAGUUUUCUUCCAUGAAGAUCUGUUGUUGACCACAGAAGUAUAGCCAGGGGUAGUGGGAUUUUUGUGUUCUGAAAGUUGCAUACUUCAAUCUUACAACAUAACUUCCUUAUCCAGACUGACAUUUGUGGACAGGCAUGAGGCAACCACUUAUGCUGAUUGCCUAAACAUUUUCUAAUGAGGUUAGUGCACUGAUCUAUUUGUUUCGGACCUAUAUACUCAUCUGGUUGCUGCCUUUCUGGUUUAUGUAUUAAAAGUUAGAUGUUUGGCGAGGUGGGUAGGUGGUUUGAUUACACAACUUAGGAGGGUUACUGAUCUGUGUCUUGAGAAGGGAGUUUUGGCUUUGUAUUCUUGGAUGUUAUGUGUGACUUUUUCAGUUUGACUACUGGUGUGUCACAUGGUGAUGUCUAUUCUGUGUUUCUAUCUCACCAAAACCCACAAAUGGCAGUGGGGAGAGAGUUUAAAAGGGCUCAGAUUCUCGUGAUCCAAUGUUGUAGAUAACUAGAGGGUGAAAAUUUGUUUUGAUUUUGAUUGUGGGGUGGUGCCAGUGCCAUAAAAGCCAAGCAUGUGCACGGGGAGAUGGGGUAAUCUCUCUAUAUGCUUAUUCAAUCGGCAAUAAAUAAAGCAGCAUAAAUUAAUGAUGCUCUCAAACAAGUGUGGUAAGGUUUUUUGCUUGUUUUCUGCCGGCAGAAUAUUUAGCCAUUACAAGACUUCAAGUUCGUUGUUGCAUGUGCUUAGUUUUCUCCGGCAUGGGAGAAAUCGCCGUCCGGCGAAGUAUUUGAGAGUUGUGUUUUUUUUUUUUUUUUUGGGUAGUUCUUACUCUUCCCCCCGGCACCACACCACCCGCGGAAGUCAUCCCACCGUCCGGUCACCAGAUCGGUAAAAUACGAGCCUCUCCAUAGCCCUUUUCCUUCCUCCAGAAAUAGAAAAUCCAUCUCCUGUAUACAGUUGUACCAUAAAACAAGAGAAGAAUCCCAUGAAAACCUCCAAAACCAAAGCAGUCCUCUCUCCUUUUCUCUCUCUCUCUGUAGCGAUUCCGUGGCAAUAGCCAGACAAAGACACUCACUUUCACGACCUAAUUAUAACCGGAAUCCGACUCCUCUCUAAAGCCAAUUUCAGAAACAAUUUCUCCACCAUAAGAAAAUUAUCUGUAAACC